ACACAUCUACGCCAUACGACAAACUACACGUAUGUUCACAAUACCACCUGCCGACGUUCCCACGAGUCAUAUACAACUUACCACAAGUUUUCAGGGGCAUUCUCUGCAAUUUUUCUACCCUUUCUGUUGGACUGGCUGAAAAUACAACAUGCUGACGAUACUUGUCGUUCUGGCUGUCGUUUUGUCGUCUACAAACGGGCUGUCCUGUACGUCCAAUAUGGACUGUAUGUUGGCGAACGCAGGUUGCUGUCGUGUGGACGGUGUAGUGGUUCCAGGACAUACCGACCCUGUUCGCGGCGUCUGCGGCGCGUAUAUCCAGGAGGGUGAGCCGUGUGCUACCGGCUUCCCCGUGGCGUACAUGGGCGACUGCCGGUGUGAGACGGGCCUGGUGUGCUUCCCUGACCGCGGCUCCUACACGACGGGCACCUGCCGCACUCAGCAGUACGUGGACGAUCAUGGCGGAUUUCCCGUCAUGCCCAUCGGCAAGUAGAUGUUGGACCGUCCGCCAUCUUGAAUGAUGGAAACUUGAAUCUAUUUUGAAAUGAAUAAAAACGUCAUAUGA